AUGACUCUAUCAAACAGUGCAAAAACAUAUCCACCAAAGUUGUAUGAAGAGGGGAAAUGUCCAUUGCAACAUCAAAGCAUGAAUCACAACUCUCACUUGGCUGCUUUGCAGAUGGUCGAGGAAGCAGUUGGCUUAGAUGCGUGGGAAUCCAUUAAAACAUCAUCUGUUGGAGUUAUUGUGAAGUUGAAAGAGAUGGAUUAUACAUGGCUAUCUCUAUAUGAGUUUGGUCAGAUUACAGGUUUUAAUUGUGAGCCUUUCGACAUAAAUGAUAAGGUGGAGAUUAGGAAUUGGUCGUUUGAGAAGAGAAGAUUGAUUGGCUUACUCAGUGUCUUAUCUAUUGGAGUACUUGGCAUCUCUCCUGGCAGUAGAAUUCCUUUGGAACAAGCAAAGAGAGUUCUAGACAUAGAAGAAUUUGAGAGAUACCCUUGGGGACGUGUCGCAUUUUCUAGCCUAGUAAAUUCAGUGAAAGUUAUUUCAUUUGAAGAAAGGAACAAGUAUACUCUUCGCGGAUGCGUACAUGCUCUCCUAAUCUGGGUGUAUGAGUCGAUACCUGGUAUUGGAGAAGAAUAUGGGAAUCGUAUAGAGGGUAACCAGGUUCCUCUUCUCUCUUGGUCUGCAUCCCGUUGCCGCAUAAACUGGGAUCAGUUUUAUAAAAAGGAGAAAAGUCUCCAUCAGAAGGUACGAGUCAGACAUCUCAUUGUCAAAUCAGAAGCUGAGAUAUACCCUCAAUGGCCGGAGGACAAGGUUGAUGAUGAUCUUCACAACUUGAUCACAGACAUUCUACAUGGCGAGCUCGAUGAUACAUAUUGGAACCAGAACACACGUAAUGCACCAGUAGCAAACAAAGCGAAAAGAAAACUAGCGAGCGAAUGUGAAGCGUGUGUCAAGAAAAAAAUGCCAAAAGAGAGGACAUCUGAUUAUGCAUGUGGAUCCGGCCUUAGGUCCGAUGGAGAUGAUGGAUUCAAGCAUGAUUUAAUUGAAGCAGCGAAGACACUGACUUCAACGGUUGCAAGUAUGGACAAAAUAGUUGCUGAGAAGGUGUUGACUGCAGUAGACACAACGAUUGAGGCAAAAGUAAAUGCAAGAGUUGGUCAAGUCGAGCUGGUACUUGCGAAGCAAAUCUCAACGUUGAAAGAAGAUGUUGCUAUACUUCGAGAGCAGAUGCAAGCCAUUGCCCCAAAAAAUGAUGCACACUUUGUAAACCAAGAAGAUGAAGUCAACAGCAAUGACCCCUCAUGGAUGGUCCAAGACAAGGCACCAACACAUUUGGAUGCUGCAGCAGUACAAUGUGUGGUUAGAAAGAAAGCCAAAAAUUCAGAGGUCAAGCUAACGUCUCAUGUUCUACUUGCCACUGAUGGUGAGAAGGUUGUUGGAAAAAAUCAAGCAAAAAAAGCCGCUGGAGAUUUGAAAACAGUGAAGAAGGAGAAGAAUGUAGUUCCACAACUCAGAGAUUCUGCUGAAACAUGGUCUAAUUCAGAAGACAGGAACAAAUAUGGUAAACUAGAUGCCACAUUAGACCAGUUGGCAGCAUCAUUCUUGGAUGGACCUUUGCAAAAACGCAAGCCACAGCUGACAAAGACUCAAGUGUAUCCAUAUGUAGGGAACUCAACUGUGAAGAGGAUCAUAACAGGUGUCUCUAAAGCCUACUAUGAUCCUUUAGCUAAAGUAGAUGAGACAAAAUUUAAGAAGCUACUAGAUUAUCUGCACAAUAUUGCUGGUGAUAAUGAUGUAGACACUCACUUCUACAUGAGGCUAAUAACGCCAAGAGAUGAUUGGGAAACAGAUGAAUCCGGGUGGCUAACAGAUUCUGUAAGUUUCUUAUUUUUUCUUGUACUUACGUCGAAUUUGGGUGGCUAA